AUGGGUGCCCUGGCGUGCCCAGGUCUCAUCCUCUUCACGUGGCUCACUGCCCACUGCUCUCAUCCCCAGGCCAAAGGCUUCUCCCAGGAAGGGCUGGAUGCCAGCAGGGCCGACCUGUGGGCCAGUGCCAACACCUCCUUCCUACAAGACUUCUGGUGCCAGCCAGCCAGCCAGCUGUCCCGAGACCAGCUUUCAGCUCUGAUCCGGAGGAUGGCAUCGCAGCAGAUGCUCCUCAAGGCCUGGCAGCUCAGCUGCUUGGCCAACCUGGCCGCCCGGCAUGGCCUCCAGGGUGACUUUUUGCUCCACCCGCCCAAUCUGUUGCUCUUCUACAACCUGGGGAAGAUAAGGGGAGCCGACUGCCGGGCCUUCAUCCGCCGUGCUGCCCAGGGGGACACUGAGCUGCUGGCCAACCUGCCUGACCAGAGGGCCACCCUGCAGCGCUCAGCCUUGGCCUGCCUGGGGGUGCCCCACCUACGGCUCAGCACCUCUGACCUGCUGCUCCUCGGGGUGCUGGUGUGCGACAUGGAUGCAUCCACCAUCGUGACCUCAGACCCCCACGUGCUGCAAAACCUGCAGCGCUGCCCCCGGCUGACCCCUGCCCAAAAGGCUGCUCUCAACACACUGCUGGCCAGUGGGAGGACCAUGCUCGGGCCCCCCAUCUGCUGGAACCUGGAGGGGUUGCAGGCUCUGGGCCUGCUGGCCACCUACAUCAGCUCCAGCCUGUGGAUGCAGGUGCAGGAGGCCGUGGGCCUGGACUUCUUUGGCAGCAUGGUGGCCGCGUGCCGGGCAGGGAGGCUCAGCCAGCGUGAUGCCAGGCGCUUUGUCACCAGCUUCCUUGAGGCCAAGGCCAAGUCAAUGUCCUCACGGCCCAAGCGGGACGCAGGGCGACCCUGUGUCCAAGGCCACAUCACGGCGGCCACUCUGCAGGAUGACCUCUUCCUGGUGCACUACGACUGCUCACAGCUCGAGUCUUGCCUGGGCAGCCUUGUGCUCAGGGCCAACCUGAACCCCCUGUUGCAGCACCCACUACCUUCUGAGUGCCAGCGUGUCAUCAAGGCCAAGUUGGCUCGGAUCUACCCGAACGGCGUCCCAGAAGAGCAGCUUCGGCUCAUCACCUCCCUGAUCUACCUCUACUCCCACCUGGAGAUCAGCCAGUGGAACAUCACAUCUAAGGACACCGUCAGGGACCUGCUGGCCUCAGAUGUGGCCCUGGAGAACCAGACGGAGGCCAUCCUGCAGAAGUUCCUGGACCACAGAGGCAACAUCACCAGUACCCUGCUUGAGGCCAUCGGGGGCUCCCGCCUCUGCUGGAUGAGCCCCCAGCAGAUCCAGGCCAUCCAGCCCUCGGAGUUCCGGCAGGCCAGGGCCCUGGAUAUCUCCUCCUGCCCUCAGAGCCGGAAGGAUGUGCUCUACUCCAAGGCCCGAGAGGCCUUCAGCAACGCCAGGACCACAGCUUCCUACUACCACCUCAUCCGCCCCUACCUCGGCGGCGCCCCCAUGGAGGAGCUGCAGCACCUGGCCCAGACCAACGUCUCCAUGGACAUCCACACCUUCACCAACCUGAACCCCCAAGUGCUGCAGAGCCUAAGUGUCCACAAUGUGACAACACUGCUGGGCCAGAACGUGGGGGACCUACAGAAGGCACGCAGCCACCCGACCAUCAGCUCCUGGCUCCGCAGCCUGAAUAGGUCGGCCCUGGGCGAGCUGGGCCUGGACAUGGACCCCGCCAGUCCCACUGGCCUAGUCCCCUCGACCACUGGGACUCACAACGACCCCUGGACAUCCCAUCCAGCUGCCACAUCGGGCAGGCCUGAGAACGAUGCCCCCACCGCAGGCAGCCCACCAGCUCACCUAGGGUGCCUGCCACUUGCUGUGGCCCUGCCCUCCAGCCUCCUGUGGCUGCUGUAUCAGGGCACCCUGGGGCCCGGCUGGGCCUGCUCACAGGGCACCUGCACAGUGGCUUCUGAAGACAGCGCUGCACUGGAAGGCAGAGCUGGACGCCAGCCCAAGCCAAGGACAAAGAACUGA